AUGUUUAGCACCUUCAUAAACUGGAUCAUUGACCUGGCAGACACCAUGCAAUUCACCUGGCUACAGUUACUGUUUUGUUGCUCUGCUGCCGUUGCAAUAUCACUGGAAGACCAAUUUACAAAACUGUCUCGCCAGAAGAGGUAUCUGACAAUACCUUAUGGAAGUGCUAUUGGAAUGAUUUUGGCCUUUGCUGUUCCUCUGGAUCUACCAGCCAGUCAAGACGUGCUGAUGUCGUGGAACAUGGAGGGAAACUACAAUCUGCCAGACCAGCUGUACUACUUUGGCACACCUCCGCCUCUCCCAGACCUCAACCAGGACCCUGACCUACCAGACCCUGUACGCCGUAGUCUCCGGGACGUCUCACGCCACUCAGCCUAUCAGCUACUCACUAGGCGAAUAGCUGGGUUUGGCUUAGAUGGGGAAGCUUGUCUGUUAAGGGCAAUCUGUGAAGUCAGUCAGACUUCCUUGCACCACAAUGGUUUAAUGGGACAACUUCUUCAUAUAAUUUUCAGCCCAUCACUUAGCAAGAGGGAAGCACUCUGUUCGUCCUACAUGGAAGCCGAAGAUAGGGGAGCGAAGGGUGAAGACUGCCAGCAACUCUACCCCUCAUGUCCAGCCAGCUUUGUGGAGCAAUUUACCUCUGAAAACUGACAAAA